GCAGGUGCAGACCUGGGCCAGGGGGAGAGUCAGGGAAGCCCGGAUGGGACACGGGGGGAGCUGCGCUGGGGGUGGUUCCCGGAGGGCUUCCUGGAGGAGGAGGGCAUCUUGGAGCUAGACCUUGAGGAUGCGUUUGCCCAGUGGCGGAGGGCAUCCGAGGGCCGAGGGGUCGGCGGGAGGGAGAGCUGGGGAGGAAACAGCGUCUGCAGCGUUUUUCCAGGAAAAGCUAGUAGGAAUCUUCCCAGGGCGUGGGCUCCCCGGAACUCAUCCCUCCCGGUCACUGAGCUGCCCUGAGCUUCCGGUCUCAAGCCGGGCGCAGAGAGGUGCAGCCCCUCCGUUCCCGGACGCGAAAACCGAGCGCACGCGGGCCGAAGGCGACGGCGCGGACAGCUGGGAAACACCCGGCUCCUCGCCGUGACCGGCGCUCGGUGCCAAGCUCCGUCCCCUCAGCUCACUUCCCUUGUCUCGGAUCCCCGCUGCUCUAGGACCCUAAAUCGUCGGUCUACUGUUUCCCGGGGAACCGCAUUUCGCUACACCCACCCCGGUGGAGCCCCCGCCCGCUUUCCCUUGCGCCAGCCAAUGGAAACGAAGGUCCUCAGCCGGUGGGCGGGACGUCUCCCCAGGCGCCCAGUGGCAGUCGGGAACCGCUGAGCCCUUAGCCAGUCACGCCGCGGAGUGGGCGGGGCCUCCUGCCCGGACUUGAAGCCACGCCGGCAGGUCGGGCAGGCGUGAGGCCGGCUGUAAGUCCAUGUGGCGGGAGUUGUGGACCACGGCUGCCCGGGCGGCACGCGGGCCUCGCAGGCUGUGCCUGCGCCGGGGCUCCGGCGCUCCGGCCCCCAGCCCCGGGGCCACCGUCUUCGCGCUGAGCUCGGGCCAAGGCCGCUGCGGCGUCGCGGUGAUCCGGGCCAGCGGCCCUGCCAGCGGCGACGCGCUCCGCAUCCUCACGGCGCCCCGGGCCCUGCCCGCCGCCCGCACGGCCAGCCUGCGCCUGCUCAGCGACCCCCGCUCCGGGGAGCCCCUGGACCGCGCGCUGGUGCUCUGGUUCCCAGGUCCCCGGAGUUUCACGGGUGAGGACUGCGUGGAGUUCCACGUGCACGGAGGCCCCGCCGUGGUGAGCGGCGUCCUGCAGGCCCUGGGCAGCGUGCCAGGGCUGCGGCCGGCAGAGGCAGGAGAGUUCACCAGGCGCGCGUUCGCCCACGGGAAGCUGAACCUGACCGAGGUGGAGGGGCUGGCCGACCUGAUCCACGCGGAAACCGAGGCGCAGCGGCGGCAGGCCCUGAGGCAGCUGGACGGGGAGCUGGGCCAGCUCUGCCGCAGCUGGGCCGGGACCCUCACCAAGGCUCUGGCCCACGUGGAGGCCUACAUCGAUUUCGGUGAGGAUGACAACCUGGAGGAGGGUGUCCUGGAGCAAGCGGACGUGGAAGUUCGGGAGCUGGAGGUGGCGCUGGGUGCGCACCUGCGAGAUGCCAGGCGUGGGCAGAGGCUGCGCUCGGGGGCGCACGUGGUGGUCACUGGACCCCCCAACGCGGGCAAGAGCAGCCUGGUGAACCUGCUCAGCCGGAAGCCUGUGUCCAUCGUGUCCCCGGAGCCUGGGACCACUCGAGAUGUGCUGGAGACCGCCGUGGACCUGGCCGGCUUCCCUGUGCUGCUGAGCGACACGGCGGGCUUGCGCGAGGGCGCGGGGCCAGUGGAGCAGGAAGGCGUGCGGCGGCCGGGGAGAGAGAGGCUGGAGCAGGCGGAUAUCAUCGUGGCCAUGCUGGACGCCUCUGACCUGGCCUCUCCCUCCAGCCGCGACUUCCUGGACACAGUCGUAGCCACCGUGGGCGCUCGCAGCCCCAGGGAGGGCGGCCAGCGCCUUGUGCUGGUGCUGAACAAGUCGGACCUGCUGCCCGCCGAGGGCCCCCGCCCCGGCCCCGGCCUGCCCCCCAGCCUGCUGCUGUCGUGCCUGACGGGAGACGGGCUGCACGGCCUCCUGGAGGCCCUGCGGAAGGAGCUGGCUGCAGUGUGUGGGGACCCGUCCACAGGCUCACCUCUCCUGACUCGAGAGAGGCACCGGCAUCACCUCAAAGCCUGCCUGGAUGCCCUCGGCCACUACAAGCAGUCUAAAGACCUGGCCCUGGCGGCCGAGGCCCUGCGUGUGGCCCGGGGCCACCUGACCUGCCUCACAGGUGGAGGGGGGACCGAGGAGGUCCUGGACAUCAUCUUCCGGGACUUCUGCGUGGGCAAGUGAGGGGGCUGCCUCGGGGGGUCUGGGAGCAGCUCGGCCCGGAUGGGGUUCCCGGUCACUCAAGGAAGAACCUGAUUCCAAAAUGGUGACGCAGGCCAGGUGCGGUGGCUCACGCCUGUAAUCCCAGCACUUUGGGGAGGCUGAGGUGGGAGGAUGGUUUCAGGCCAGG